AUGGACCUAGUCACUCUGCAGGAUGGCGAGGACAUUGCUCGUAAAGCGAGACAAAUCAGAAGAAAAAUCCUUGAAAUGCAGCAAGCUUUUACGAAUAUUGAAAAAUGCUGUAAACCUGUUAUUGCUGCUGUGCACGGAGUUUGCUAUGGCGGCGGGAUUGAUAUUAUCACAGCGUGUGACAUUCGACACAGCACAAAAGAUGCAAAAUUUUCAGUGAAGGAAGUCGACGUUGGUUUGGCAGCCGACGUUGGAAGUCUCAAUCGCCUUCCAAAAAUUUGCGGCAACGAAGGUUGGCUUAAAGAGGUUGCCUUUACUGCUCGACACUUCGAUGCUGAUGAGGCGCUGAAAUUUGGUGAGCAAGUCUGCCGUAUUUGCCCC